CAUUCCUCUCCCGUAGCGACUUCAUCUCGUCCAAACCCUAUAAAUUUUCUUGAUCUUGAUCGAGAGAGAUAGAGGCGAAGAAGGGGAAGGUGGGAGGAGGAAGAGGAGGGAAGAGAUGGAGGGCUGGGAUCCGAGCACGAAGUCGGCUUUGACGCAGAUCCCGCUGCUGUCGACGCGGGCGGGCCCGCGAGACGGGGCGGCGUGGACGCAGCGGUUGAAGGAGGAGUACCGCGCCCUGAUCGCCUACACCACCAUGAACAAGUCCCACGACAACGACUGGUUCCGCAUCUCCGCCGCCAACCCCGAGGGCACCCGCUGGUCCGGCACCUGCUGGUACGUCCACAACCUCCGCCGCUACGAGUUCGCUCUCCAGUUCGACAUCCCCGUCACAUACCCCGCCACCGCCCCCGAGAUCGAGCUCCCCCAGCUCGACGGCAAGACCCACAAGAUGUACAGGGGAGGCAAGAUCUGCCUCACCGUUCACUUCAAGCCCCUUUGGGCCAAGAACUGUCCUAGGUUUGGAAUUGCGCAUGCCCUUUGCCUGGGCCUCGCGCCGUGGCUCGCCGCCGAGGUGCCGAUUCUUGUGGACACCGGCGUGCUGAAGCACAAAGAUGACGAGUCCACCUCAACCUGAAGCAUUUUAGAACAAAUUGUGAUAUCUAUCUACGGAUUGUGAUAUAUCUGACUGGUUACCAGCAAAUUGAUUUAGAAUGUCUUAUGCUGAUCAUAAUCCUUUUGUGAUUUCUUGGUGGUGAAAGUGUUUAAUAAAUUUAAUGCUUUGUGAUAAAUUAUUAUUAUUUUUCAGUGAAUGCCUUCUGAAACAAGUUAUAUCA